AUUUUCUUCAUGACGAAUAAUCCAUGUUUUACAUUUCAGCAACGAAGACAAAAGGAGCAGCGACAAAGCGGGGCGGAAAAAAAACAAUGAUUACAAUCAACGAAAAAAUGAAAAACGGAGAAGAGCCAUUAACAUUUGCACAAGUUGUCGGUAACGAAGAAGGCACCACCGUGGAAAACAGAACUGGAGCAGCGCAGUUAGGAGAAUUGCAACAGCGACAAGCGCAGGUUGUUGCUGUCGGAGGAAAUAUCACAAUGGGCGAUGGGACUGAAGCGGGCCAGUUUGAACUAUCGCAACAAGUACAGAUCGGUGCUGUUAAAACAAUAACCCCGACAGAGCAUGAAAUCGAAGCGGAGCUGUUCCAGCAAUGGAAACUACAACGGAGCCAGAUCCAAGCUCUUGAAAAAAGAACCCCGAUAUUACAGCACCAAAAUGAAGUGCCGCUGUUCCAGCAAUGGCCACAACAAAGCCAGAUCCCAGCUGUUGAAAAAAGAACCCCGGUACAGCAUCAAUAUGAAGCAGCGCCGCUGUUCCAGCAAGGGCCACAGGGCCAGCCGAACGGGUCAUCGCUUCGAUCCAAACUGGCGGUAUUAGAGGGGUCAAUCACCGCUCUACAACAGGCUCUAAAUGAAGAAAUACGAAAAAGAAAAAAAAUUGAGGACGACGUUUUAAGUCUCCAACUGGAAUCGAAGAAACGUCAUCUCACCGGGUAUCAUCGGCGUCUCGGAGAAAAGAUCGCAAAAGUUGAGAAGGAGAAAAAUCGUUUGGGAGCCAGUUACCUGAAUGAACACAAUGGGAACAACACACCCGGCGCAGUGUAAUUCAUCCACUAAUUCUAAAUAGAUUUAUUGAUUUCUUCCUGUUUU